GCCAAGACCCCCCCCACUCCCCCUCGGGGUUCAGCUCAUUCACCCCCAAGCUCUGCAGGUCCCAUGGCCACCUCCCGCCUGGACCCCUGGUCCUUCCUCCCCCCACACCAACUCCAGGCCAUGGCUCGGGCUUGGUUGGAUGAAGACGCCCCAACCUUUGAUCCCACCUCGGGGAUCAUCGGUCGGGCCCCUCUCCUGGCCCACCUCCUCUGCAGCUCCCCGGGGGUCCUGGCGGGUUCCCCCUUGGCCGAGGCCGUUUUCGGGGUGACAGGGUGUGAGGUGACCUGGCGGGUGGCAGAAGGGUCCCCGUUGCCCCCCCAGAGGACGGUGGUGGCCGAGGUCGAAGGUCCUGGGGCUUCUUUGCUCUUGGCCGAGAGAGUGGCCUUAAAUGUCCUGGGGCGCUGCAGCGGGGUGGCCACGGUGGCCGCAAAGGCUGUUUUGGUAGCCCAAGGGGUGCAGUGGGGGGGGGUGAUAGCCGGGACCCGUAAAACCACCCCUGGCUUCCGACUGGCUGAGAAAUACGCCCUGGAAGUUGGGGGGGCAGACCCCCACCGCCAUGUUUUGGGGGGGGGAGGACUGCUGCUGCUGAAGGACAAUCACCUGGCGGCUGCCCGAGCCCCCCUUGAGCAGGUGGUGGAGGUGGCCCGGCGGGCAGGGGGCUUCACCCGCCGGCUGGGGGUGGAAUGCAGCACCCAGGGGGAGGCCAUGGCAGCGGCUGGGGCCGGCGCUGACAUCGUCCUCCUGGAUAACUUCACCCCCCAGGAGCUCCACGCCACAGCUGCGGUGGUCAAGGCCGCACACCCCCGGGUGACCGUGGAGGCCAGCGGUGGGAUCAACCUGGAGACUCUGCCUCUCUUUUUGGGGCCCCACAUUGAUGUCAUCUCCAUGGGGUGUCUGACCCACAGCGCCCCGGCUCUCGACUUCUCCCUUCGUGUCCUGAGCCCUGGGGAAGGGGAUGCGGGGACACACUGAGGUCACAAAUGGCCCCCCUGGGGGUCACUGGAGCUUGGUGAGACCCCAGGUCCACUUCUAGAAGGACCCCAGGAACCUUCCUCUCCAUCCUGAGGAACCCACAGCUCCACCCCAUGUCCAAGAGAACACCAAAAUCAACCCUGGGUUUCAGUGGGAUCCCAGCCCCACAUCCAGGAGGAGUCCAGGAAUCUCUAUCCUAGGGAUCCCCUGAUCCAUCCCACCAGAAAGGGAUCCCAAAAUUCACCCUGGGGUUCACUAAGGCUUGCUGGGACCCUAGCCCCCCCCAUCCAGGAUACCCCAGAAAUCCCCCCUGGGGACACCCAAACCACCCUCACUACACCGUUGUACUCCUCCCACCCCCAAAAAACACCUCCCUGACUUCUCCCUCUUGUGUAUCCCCCCAAGUUUGGGCCCCUUUGCAAAGAAACAUGACAAAUACUCCCAUGAGCUUGUGUGCAAAAAAAGAACAUGACAGGGGGCCCAGGCAUCUGGGAUGACAUCCUGGAGAGGGGGGUCUUGGGGGGUCCAAGAAGGGUUUUAAUAGGAACAGGGACAAAUUGUGGGAAUCAAGAACUUCUGAUAUCACCUUUGGCCAACCCAACCCAUGCCAGCCCCCUCCUCA